AUUUUAUUAUUGAAAGUUUGCGGAAGAGCCAACUCUAAGCUCUUUAUUCUUAUCCAUCUCCGUCCCUGUACUAAGAAGAAACCCAAACGAAAAGAGAAAAUGUCCGAUGUCGCCAAUGACUCAUCGCCACCCUUCAAACCCUACGCCCUAACCCAAACCUUGACCGGCCACAAACGCCCUCUCUCCGCCGUCAAAUUCUCCUCCGACGGCCGCCUCCUCGUCUCCUCCUCCGCCGACAAAACCCUCCGCACCUACUCCCUCUCCCCAUCAAACCCUCCUUCGUCCCCUCUCACCCACGUCCACGACUUCCACGGCCACCAGCAGGGCGUCUCCGAUGUCGCCUUCUCCGCCGACUCUCGCUUCCUCGUCUCCGCCUCCGAUGACAAAACCCUCCGCCUCUGGGACGUCACCACGGGAUCCUCCAUCAAGUCCUUCACCGGCCACACCAAUUACGUCUUCUGCGCCAAUUUCAACCCUCAGAGUAACAUGAUCGUCUCUGGCUCCUUUGACGAGACCGUCAGGAUUUGGGACGUCAAGAGCGGCAAGUGCCUGAAGGUUCUCCCUGCCCACUCCGAUCCCGUCACCUCCGUCGAUUUCAACCGGGACGGCUCCCUCAUCGUUUCAAGUAGCUACGAUGGGUUGUGCCGGAUUUGGGAUUCCGGGACUGGGCAUUGUAUGAAGACUCUGAUUGACGAUGAGAACCCUCCCGUUUCGUUUGUUAGGUUUUCUCCCAAUGGCAAGUUCAUUCUCGUUGGAACCCUUGAUAAUACUUUGAGGCUAUGGAACUUUUCAACUGGGAAGUUCCUGAAAACAUACACAGGCCACACAAACUCCAAGUUCUGUAUUUCAUCAGCAUUCUCAAUAACAAAUGGGAAGUACAUUGUUGGCGGCUCUGAAGACAAUUGUGUAUACCUGUGGGAACUCCAGACCCGGAAAAUAAUGCAGAAGUUGGAAGGGCAUACUGACACUGUGAUAUCUGUAGCAUGUCAUCCGACGCAGAAUAUGAUCGCAUCUGGUGCACUUGGCAACGACAAAACUGUGAAGAUUUGGACCCAGGAAAAGGAUCAAUAGUUGACCCUUCACUCUUGGGAUUUCGCUUGCUCUCACCAGGUAGAAGCAUUGACUGUUGGUUGUGGAUAUUCAAGGUUCUGUCAACUGUGCAUGCCACUUUGGCAGCGUGCAGGUUCUGAACUUGAAGCUUCACUUGGUUUCAACCACUGUAUUCUCAAGAGGUUUUUGGUGGACUGAGAUUGUAGCUAGAAAUGCUAUGUUUAUUGUAAUCAAAGCAGCACUAGUUAAGCCUUGUGCCUUUUGGAGGUGUUUCUCUUUGCAGGGUUGGCCUUUGGUAAACUAACCUAAAUAUGUUGUUCUGCCGUGGCUAGGACUGGAGAAUUACUUUUCCAGUUGAGUUGUCAAACAGAAAAUUACUUGGUGCAAGCACAAGAAGGGAGGACGACACAGAAAAGAAACUUAAGAACAAAUGUGGGCGGUAACUGCCGAU